UUACUAACAUUUAACAAAAUUCAGAGAAAAGUUAUGAAAAUGGCAGUAUCGAAACGUGAGACUGACGUAGUUGUGAUCGGUGCUGGUAUAUCGGGAUUAGUGGCCGCCAAGUGCAUGAAGGAAGACGGAUUCAAGGUGACAGUCAUUGAGCGUACAGGGGAAAUUGGGGGUCUUUGGACGUUCAGGGAGCAUGACUAUGGAGUGAUGCGUUGUACCCAUAUAAAUGUGUCCAAGUACAACUACUGUUUCUCCGACUUUCCAUUUCCGGAGGAUGUUGCUGACUACCCCCAUCAUAGUGAUAUGGCCAAGUACAUUGUUAAUUAUGCACAGCAUUUUAAUUUGGUGGAACUCAUUAGUUUCCAUACCAUAGUAACAAGUGUUAUUCGCAAAGGUGAAAAAUGGGAGGUGGUGAUCAAAUCUGUGGAAGAUCAAGGUCACACACCUCAGGGGACUGAAGUCAUUUAUUGUCCAUUUUUGAUAAUUGCCUCAGGCCAUCAUGCCAAACCUAGCCUGCCAAAGUUCUUGGGGCAGGAGACAUUUAAAGGGGAGAUCAUUCAUGCAGUGGACUACAAAGAUCCACUUACCAAUGGUCUUGUUGGCAAGCGAAUUCUGAUUGUUGGAAUUGGUAACAGUGCUGUGGAUUCAGCUGUUGACUGUACAACAGUAGGAAGGUGCAAGUCUGUGGUCAUUAGUACACGCUCAGGUGCCUGGAUCAUACCCAACUAUAUCUUUGGCUUCCCUGUUGAUCUGUAUGCUUGUCGUGCAUUUUUCCUCUUGCCCUGGAGAUGGGCUAACUUCAUCUUGGAGAGAAUCAUCAAGUUUGUGUCAGGAGAUCCUCGCAGGUGGGGUCUGAAUCCCAAGAUGAGAGCACUUCAAACACAACCCACAGUCAGUCCCACCCUCAUCCACCAUAUCCAGAGGAAGAACAUCAAGAUUGUGCCAAACAUUGCUAAAAUUGAUGGAGACACAGUGCACUUUGUGAAUGGAGAGAGCGGGCAGUUUGACAACAUCAUUUAUUGUACAGGGUACAAGAUUGAUCUGCCAUAUCUUGCAGAUGAUAUGCACAGUAAAGUGCUCGAUGAAGGCAGCAAUAAUAUAAAGUUGUACAAAAACGUGUUUUCUCCAGCUUUGGGACCUAGUCUGGCAUUUAUAGGCUUUGUGCAACCUGCAUCAGGAGGAGUUCUUACAAUGUCAGAAACUCAGGCUAGGUGGUUUGGACAAAUCUGUCGUGGCCGCGUUCAGCUUCCACAAAAACACCUAAUGGAGAUGGACAUGGAGAUGGAAAUGGUAGCACAGAAAGAUCGAUGGUACAGCUCUGCACGUCACACCAUCCAGCGUGACCCUAUUGUUUAUAAUGAUGAGAUUGCAUCCUUUUUUGGAGCUAAACCAGACAUAAUCAAGCAUCCAGCCAUUGCAUGGAGAUUACUGUUUAGCUCAUGUGGAGCAGCCCAGUGGCGACUGCAAGGACCAGGUCAGUGGAAUGGAGCAGCUAAAGCUGUACAAAAAGUGCCUUUAACAGACCUCAUGCACUAUUCAGGAAUGGCUUUUGCACUUUUCACUGGCAUGAUUCUACUUCUUCUCCUUUACAUAAUGUGGUAUAUGAUGUCAUUGUUGUUUGAAAACUUCAUCGUGUGACAUGAAUUUGAAGGACUCUUGUUAGUGACUUUACUUCUUUGUCACAUUCUUCAAGCAUCAUGCCCUUCAUAUAAACUGUAUGCUGUUCGGAAUAAUGUGUAAAUAGCUAAUUUAUAAUGAGAUAAAUAUGAUAGCUGAUGAGUUUGGACAUCAUUUUCAUGAUUAUUGUUUGACUGUUCCAAGCACCUGAGCUACUGAUCGUCUCAAAGUGUUCGCAAUAGUAGCAAAAUAACAAUAAGAGAUAAACAUUAAUUUAUUUGCACAAUCAUGUCUGAAUGCUUUUUUCUUGCAAUUGGUGAAAUGGUUUGACAUUGUUAAAUGUUUUGAUCUCAUUUCUGCCGCUAUUUGGCAUCAUGAGUGUAUUUCGAAAUGGUUUAUACUCUUAACAGUUCUUUGUUAUAUGUUUAUAAUUAGUUUUCUGAUAAAAUUUGGAGAGUGGUGUCAGAUCCAAUUCCCACAAGCCUUCUAGGUGUGAAAAACCUUACCAGAUUUAGGGGAUUAGCUCUCUGGAUUUUGGUCCAUUUUGUUAUAUUUAUAAGUUAAUUUUGAUUUUAGAGUCCAUUGCUUGACCUGUAGUGAUCUUAGUGAGGUGCUGGACUGUGUUUCUUGAUUGUGACAUUUUGUUUCACUUCUACUGCUUCAGUUGAUCCGCUAACAGUCCCUUCUUUCUUCCACGACGCCAUUUCCAUCUGAGCCCAGUUUCUUGUUUGUGCACGUCGACAGCGAGAUGAAACGUGCGGUGUGGCUAAACUUCUUGGCGACUUGAGUCUGCAAAACUGUUUACAGCUUGUGUAACCUGCAGAGAUGUAUCCUCAGCAUUCUUGAUCAGUUCUUUUUAAUGAUUUUUGCAGUCAGCUGUGUGCUGAGUGAUGUUACUUUCGCACUAGUGCCACAUUGGGCGCCAGAAAUGUAACCAGCAUGUCAGUUCCUGAUGGCUAAAUAAGGGUGGGCUAGUUGCACAAGAACACAACAAAGAUGGAAUUGCCACAUAACCAUAGAUUUCAUUCAAAGUUUCACUCCGUGGCUGGUCUGUCAUCUCUCCACUCUCACUUCCAAAAUCAAAAGGCCUUUCUCAACUGUCAAACUACACUACUUAUCCUAUCCCUGUCAAACGUUCCAGCAACCAUCCCCCCCAUUUCACACAGCCUGGUCAUGACUUUUCCCUAUCACCCGUGAUGGCAGUGGUCACCCCUAUCUUGCACUGUCUGGUAAUGGCCUUCCCAAGUGGUUCCGGCGACUUUAUAACUUCUGGUGUAACAAUAGGUCCAGUAUUGAUGGGUGGACAGGUCAAGGCUGGCUAUUACAUACGCAGCAGGUGUGAGAAAGGGACAGUCAUUGGAGCUGUUCGACCCCUACCCUCUACAAAAACAAAGAUAUAACUUAAUAUGCUGCUAGAGUGCUACACUUACAAAUUAUUUAUUUAACCACCCUUUUCCUCGAUUUUUGCUGCAAGUCUUGGUUUAGCCAAGAUUGGUAGGUAGAAUGAGAACUUCAUGACUGUUGCACGCAACCAUCUUAAAGAACUGAAAGGUGGUAGGGUCUUCAUGAAUACACUGAAAAAAAAUUAUACAUCACACCUUUAAAAUGUUUCAGUUAAGAAUUGCGUACAGUUAAACAUUAUACGUUUCAAAUUGUUUUGUGAAUGUAAAUAACUUUGAUAGGUAAAUAACAAUUGCUUGUUAUAUUGUUAUACUGUUUUAUGAUGCAGAAUGUUUAUAAAUGUUUAAUUCAAUGCCUUAGAUGUCUUUUUUGUGUGAAAUUUAUGGGCAGCUUUGAUUUUUGAAAAUGAAAUGAAAUAUUCACAAAAUUUGUAAAAUUAAUUAAAAAUCCACUUCUGAAACUUUAAAGUGAUUUACAAUUGUCAGGGAACACUAUUGAUAUGGGUGUCAUCUAGGUGUGAAAUUUAAAAGCCAUUGGUCCUUGUGUGCAACAAUGGCAGAAUAAAUGCAAAAAGGAUAAAGCACUGUUUUAAAGAUAUUUAUUUCAAUAUUUUAAAUAAAUAAAUUUAUAGGUG